AUGAGGCGGCAUCAUGUGGCUCUGCUCUGUCUGCUCCAACUAGCCGGUCUCUUCUUCUUCGCUAGAGGCUUCUUCCCUCUCCAAAAAGCUGCUCUCCCAGGACAUGCAUCUGCCCACCCAGACGAUGUUCCUGCUGUAUUUGACCGCCUCAUCUUCAUAGUCAUCGAUGCACUGCGCUCAGACUUUGCUUUUGGACCAGACUCGGCCAUGCACACGCUGCACUCAAAGAUACUCAAGGAAGAAGUCCUAGCAUUUACCGCGCGUGCCUCGACGCCCACCGUUACAUUGCCACGUCUCAAGUGCUUGACAACAGGAUCCAUCUCUGGUUUCCUCGAUGCCAUAUUGAACCUCGCUGAGCCGGAUGGCGCAUCUGCAGACUCAAUGCAAGACUCCUGGGUCCAGCAGCAGGUUGCUCAGUCCCGCAAGAUUCACAUGUAUGGAGACGAUACGUGGCUACGUCUCUUCCCAAACUCAUUCGUUGAGUCUGAAGGAACCACAUCCUUCUUUGUGAGCGAUUUUACAGAUGUGGAUCAUAAUGUCACAAGACACAUCGACCCUGCGAUGUCUAGCCCAAACUGGGACACCAUCAUCCUUCACUACCUCGGCCUCGAUCAUAUCGGUCAUCUAUCUGGUCCAAGCUCAGUCCAUAUGCCCCUCAAGCAAAAGGAGAUGGACACCAUUAUUGACCAAAUCCACAUGUUCAUCAGAGAUCAAGACAAGACGUCAGGGCAUUCGACUGCCAUUAUGGUUGUAGGUGACCACGGUAUGACAGCAACAGGCAAUCACGGUGGUGCAAGUGAUGCGGAAACUCAGACUGCUGCUUUCUUGAUCAGUGAUCGACUCAAGGGCCUCUCACUCAAACAAACCUGGCCUGCGCAACAAGAUGCCGAGUUUUCUUUUUACCGGCCAAUUUUGCAGUCUGACCUUGUACCGAUGCUGUCACUACUUACAGGAACACCCAUUCCAAUCAAUGCUAUUGGAAAAAUUCCUGCAGCUGUGCUUCCAUUAUGGAGCGAUAGCAAGGACCGACUAGCAGCUUUGCGACAGAAUGCGCGUCAAUUGCAACGCUUACUCUUGGCUGGUGGAAUUUCGAAGUUCAUAGGAACAGAGUUACCUUGCUCCGAGGUGGACUCGAUGGGCUCCUGCGACUUGGUCAAUAUUGACUUUGCGGACCAUUCGUCCAGCAGCGAAGCUGACUUGUUGAAUGCACUGGAACAGAUGCAGGUACUACUCAAAGCCUCGUCCAACGAUUACAACUUGACAGAUAUGGCAGUUGGUCUUGCAUUGCUUGGAUCCGUUGCUGUUGUCGCAUUGACGUGCUACAUCAAGAUACAUACAUCCACUAGCGAACUCGCAUUCCUUCUAGUCCCGGCCGGUCAUGCGGCCACAGCAUUUGCAUCCAGUUUCGUUGAAGAAGAGCAAGUAUAUUGGUACUACCUCACUGCUGCUUUUUUACUUGGAUUGCAGCUGUUUGAUCUCUCGCAGACCAGCAGGCUGGACUUAAAGACUGCAGGCAGAGCCGUCAUUUCCUUACUUCUCUUCCGUCUGCUCAGAAGAUUCAAUCAGACUGGUCAGAAGUUUGCUGGUAUGGAUGAUUUGAGUGGAUGGUUCAAGAACGAACCGGCACUCUUCGAGAGAGCGUUGCUCGCCACUUUUCUUGCGAUUGUCUUGUUGCUUGCUCGGCAGUCUCACUUUCAGUUACACUGGACGCCCCUCUGGCUUGCACUGGGCAGUAUUGCCGCGUUCAAGUUUGCAGUAUAUACGCAGAAUACAGCAUUACAAGAGAAUCUGCUUGUGCAACCUGCGUUUGCGUGGCUCAUGAUGGCUUGCGGAGCAGUCCUCGUGUUUUUGCGAAGAACACCAAGCUCAAGGGUUGCUUUGGCACGUAUGCUGGUUGUUCUUGUCUUUUGCUUGCAAGCAAGAUUGGAGAAUCUACCCAUUCUACUCCUGCUACUUGGACUUGCGCGCAGCCUACGAGUACCAGAUUCUGUUACUCGGCCAGUCUGGGUUGAACAAUCCGUGCUUGUCACGUUAUGCAUAUUGCAACAAUCUACUUUCUUUGCGAUGGGCAACAGUAACGCAUUAUCAGGUUUGGACUUGUCACAAGCGUAUAAUGGCGUAGCAAGCUAUAAUGCCGUGGUGGUAGGCAUUUUACUCUUCCUUUCAAGCUUUCUCGGUGCCUUCUUUUGGCAAGCAGAGAUCUUUGCAUGGACGCAGCACCAGCCAGGAAGUCUAGGUGAAGAUCGUCUUCAAUUCGCAAGAUCAUUCAUGGUCGUCUUGUCAUCUGUGUAUGCAUUCGCUCUAUGCCUAUCUUGCUACAUUUUGCGCCAUCACCUCUUCAUCUAUUCGGUAUGCAGUUGA